GGUUAAUGUAACCAUCAUCGUGAACUUUUGAAGAACUCAAAAAUGGUCAUCUCAUUCAUGGCCAAUGCUCACCUGAAUCAGCCGUAUGUAUCUGCUUCUACUACUACUACUCAGGAAAAAGGAAGAACAUGUAGAUACGCAGGCCAAGCAGUGAGAGCUCUGCCGAUACGCGUGAUAACAGUGGGGAAAAAGAGAUCAGAAGGUGUUCGACUCUUGGUCGAUGAAUACAGAACCAAGCUUAAACCUUAUUGCUCCUUUGAAGAUUCUUUGGUUCGCUCCAAUCCUAGAAAUGCUCAGGAUGUCAAAGCUCAGGUUGAGGAUGAAGAGGUGGCUAUGAUGAAGCUUAUUGGGUCUGAUGAUUGGGUUGUGGUGCUUGAUGAGAGAGGCCGUGACAUUGAUUCUGAGCAGAUGGCUGACUUACUUGGGGAUGCAGGAAAUAGUGGAGCUUCGAGGAUAUCGUUUUGUAUAGGUGGAGCUUAUGGACAUGGAAGAGAAGUGAGGAAGCGUGCUAAUGUGACCAUUAGACUGUCCUCCAUGGUCCUGAAUCAUCAAAUAGCUCUUGUGGUACUGAUGGAACAGCUUUACAGGGCAUGGACCAUUCUUAAGGGACAAAAUUACCAUCAUUGUUGAUGCAUGAUUCUACUUUUUUUUUUGGGUUCUUCUUUUUGCUUUCUCUUGUAUAAAGAAACUACAUUACCAAAUAGCUUCUCCGCUGGUAGUUGUACUAGAGAUUGUUUAUUGAACGUCGAACCUUUGCAAUCCAAAUUUGUGUGCUUCUAUCUAGUU